GGGGCAGAGAGAGGGAGACAAGCAGACUCUCCUAAGAGUGGGAAGCUGGAUGCAGGGCGCAAUAUCAGGACAACAAAAGCAUAACCUGAGCCAAAAUCAAGAGUUGGAUGUGCUUAACUGAAUGAGCCACCCAGGCACCCCUAUACCCUAUCUCCGUAUUUAUUCAUCAGUUGAUGGACGCUUGGGCUGCUUCCAUAUUUUGGCUAUUGUAAAUAAUGCUGCAGUAAAUGUAGGGGUGCUUGUAUCCCUUUAAAUUAGUGCUUUUGUAAUUUUUGGGUAAAUCCCCAAUAGCGUUAUUACUGGAUUGUAGGGGGAAACAGAUUCUUUACCACAGAAAUUCCUGUUUCUUUUGGUCACUCUCUAAAUUUGAUUUUGCAGUGCCUUUCACAUGCCUGGGUUGCUGAGAUUUCCAUAUCCCUCUUCAAGUCUAUAUUUCAGAAUUAGACAUAAAAAGCACCAGGGUUCUGGACAGAGCCUGGAGCGGGCUGCUCUCCCUACACCCCUUCCUGUCCGUCUCCACCAGCACCGCUACUCCCCCUUUACUGCCCCCCUGCUGCAGAGGAAGAAAAUUACAUCGGGAUCCAUGCAGCCGGCAAUGAUGAUGUUUUCCAGUAAAUACUGGGCAAGGAGAGGGCUUUCUCUGGAUUCAGCGGUGCCUGAAGAUCCUCAGCUCCUUGGCAGCUUAACAUUAAGUAAAGCUAACUCUGGCAAAAAGGAGGAUAAAAAAAGCAACAAGGGAAACAGCAAAAGUGAAACCAGUCCCGAAGGUGGCAAGACGGCUGUUGUAUUCUCACUGAAAAACGAAGUUGGAGGAUUGGUGAAAGUGCUGAACCUCUUCCAGGAAAAACAUGUCAACGUGGUUCACAUUGAGUCUAGGAAAUCCCGGCGAAGAAGUUCAGAGGUUGAAAUCUUCGUGGACUGCGAGUGUGGCAAAACUGAAUUCAAUGAGCUCAUUCAGUUGCUGAAAUUUCAAACUACAAUUGUGACGCUGAAUCCACCGGAGAACAUUUGGACGGAGGAAGAAGAGCUAGAGGAUGUGCCCUGGUUCCCCCGGAAGAUCUCUGAGUUAGACAAAUGCUCUCACAGAGUUCUCAUGUAUGGUUCUGAGCUUGAUGCCGACCACCCAGGAUUUAAGGACAAUGUUUAUCGACAGAGAAGAAAGUAUUUUGUGGAUGUGGCCAUGGGUUAUAAGUACGGCCAGCCCAUUCCCAGGGUGGAGUACACAGAAGAAGAGACGAAGACGUGGGGCGUCGUGUUCCGAGAGCUCUCCAGGCUCUAUCCCACUCACGCUUGCCGGGAGUAUUUGAAAAACUUCCCUCUGCUGACCAAGUACUGUGGCUACAGGGAGGACAACGUGCCUCAACUCGAAGACGUCUCUGUGUUUCUGAAAGAAAGAUCAGGCUUCACCGUGAGGCCAGUGGCGGGAUACCUGAGUCCGAGAGACUUUCUGGCGGGACUGGCCUACAGAGUGUUCCACUGCACCCAGUACGUCCGGCACGGCUCGGACCCCCUCUACACUCCGGAGCCAGACACAUGUCAUGAACUCCUGGGACAUGUUCCACUACUUGCGGACCCUAAGUUUGCUCAGUUUUCGCAAGAAAUAGGCCUGGCAUCUCUGGGAGCAUCAGAUGAAGAUGUUCAGAAACUAGCCACCUGCUAUUUCUUCACAAUCGAGUUUGGCCUUUGCAAGCAAGAAGGGCAACUGCGGGCAUAUGGAGCAGGACUCCUUUCCUCCAUUGGAGAAUUGAAGCAUGCUCUUUCUGACAAGGCAUGUGUGAAAGCCUUUGACCCAAAGACAACUUGCUUACAGGAAUGCCUUAUCACCACUUUCCAGGAAGCCUACUUUGUUUCAGAAAGUUUUGAAGAAGCCAAAGAAAAGAUGAGGGACUUUGCAAAGUCAAUCACCCGUCCCUUCUCCGUGUACUUCAAUCCCUACACACAGAGUAUUGAAAUUCUGAAAGACACCCGGAGUAUUGAAAACGUGGUGCAGGACCUUCGCAGUGAUUUGAACACAGUGUGUGAUGCCUUGAACAAAAUGAACCAGUAUCUGGGGAUUUGAUGCCUGGGACCAGUGUCAUUGCCAGCAUGAUCUUGUUGGGGCUUUGCAGCAAUUUAGUCAAUGUCAUAUAACACCGAUAACUUUCUGUGUCAUGGCUUGGCUAGUAAGCAUGCAAUUCUGUAUAUCUCUAUCUACUUGUAAUUUACUGUGUUAAUGUGUGAAACAGCAUAAGGAACCCUAUGACAGAUAACCGCUCAUUGUUUGAAAUAUUGUAACCUAUUUAAACGUCUUCAGUAGAUUUGACAUUCCUGCUUGGUGUCCUUAACCAAACUGCACCUAUUUAAAAUUUGUAACAAAUAGCCCUCUUCUGACUCUAGCUUAUUACUUUUUCCUUCUCAGAUUUGAGUGUUGCCUCUGUGUUCAUUAGAUAAAAUGAAAAUAGCAGUGAAACUGUUUCUAUAGUCUCAGUGUUUCCACAGCAUUAUUUGAGAUAAACCCAGAAUUGUGUGAAACCUCCCAUCACAUUAACAAAGGAUUCAGUAUUCUGUUUCAAAAAGGAAAACUAGCAAACACACUAGUUAGAAUAGGUUUUAGAUUGAGUAUUUAUACAAUGUAAGAAAAGAGAAUAUCUUACAAAUGAAACAGAUAGGUGGCAUUGACCGUGUAGAAACUGAGGGGUGGCAUGCUUUCUAAAGAAUUUUGUAAGAAAAUACUUCCAGUGGGGCCAUUAGGAAAGACUGAACGGUGGGCAAAAAAAUCUUGGGACUAUGAAUUUUAUGCCAGAAUAAAGUGAAUUAUCACGCUUGGGUGUUUAGCCCAUUUCUUUUGGAGAACACUAAUAUCCUAGAGCUCUGAUCUCAGAGAUGUGGAAAUUGAGUCUCAGAGAGGUUGAUAAGCACAGCCAGCGUGCACUAACAUUUACAGCCCGUUGCAUUCCACUUUCAGAUUGCAAAGAAGUUCAGCUCGGUGGAUUUGUGUGUAGUCAGAGAAGGGAAACUAAUACUUAUCAAAACUAAUGUUUAUCACUAAAUAGGAUUUGGCUUGUGAUCAAGGGCUGCCAAUGGUACAGCUGUCACCUCCCACAGCCCCAAAUGAAGCCAGACCUCUGAGAGUUUGGUUUGCCCAAAGUUUGGGCAGAUUUGGGCAAACGGUAGUGAUACAUCACAAAUCUCUGCCGUAAGAGGUAUCAUCAGGUGAUUAAGUGAACAAAUAAAAAACUGCUGAAUGAGUGAAUAAAUUUCUUCCUCUGAUUCUCUCAACAAACACAACCACUGUUCCUCUCACUCUCCUUUCAUCAUACAGAAUACUGGGUGGAAGAAAGAGGGGCUGGGAAAAAGUAGAGAAGAAAAAGAUGACCAGAUGAUUUUUAAGUUAACAGUUCUAAAAUAUUUAUGUAUGCAAUUUCUAAGAUGUUUGUUUAAUAACAAAUUGCAUGUAAUUUCAAACUAAUUGAUAUUCACAUGGGCCCAUUAUGAGUCAGAAAUUUUUGGACUAGAUAUAUUCGGGAAGAACAUGAAAAAGAGUGAAAAUGUGUGUUAGAGAGAGGUAAAAUGAAAAUAAAUCAGAGGUUUGAAUAGUGGUUCCUUAACUACUGAGAAUCUUUCAUUUCUGAAGGAUUCUCAGAACAACUGAGCUUUGGAAAGGGAUUUGGUAGACAGAAUGUGAGUCAUGCAACUUAAAUGCUAUUUUAGAUGAAAGAGAUAGUGCCUUGAAAAAUUAUUGGUGGCAGAGAAGUGAUGAGCUAGCUGAAUCAAAAGGAUCUAGAAUGAUCCAGUAGUUGUAGAUUUCAAUAAUUUUAUAGUUCCCCAAAUACAUAGUUUCUUAUAUCUUGUUUUGCUAAAUCUAGAUGACCCCAAGUAAUUAUUUACUUAUAAAUACUAAUCUAGAACAAUAACCCAGAACAAUAAAUCCAGAAAUUUUCCGAACUCGUUGCUGAAUUUUCUCAAAGAAGAAAAUUGGCUAAGAAACUCUUAAUGUCUGCCUUUUGUGGUGUUUUCAUAAUUUGGUGUUGCUUUACCCACCCUUAAAAAAUAGCUGUAAGUAACCAUCAGGUUUUUUCCUUCUAGCCCCAUGAAGGGGGAGGUUUUCAGUUAAGUGGACUGAAACAAGAAUUACAUUUAAUUGUAAACAAAUUCCCUCAACAAAAAUAACAUUUGAGGUCUCUUCUGAUUUGGCUUACAGUGGCAUCUUCAGUUUUUUUUUUUUUUAAUAUGUGCAAAAUCUGUGUUUCGAAAAUAGAAGAGUUGCAAAGUAAAUAGGCUUUCCCACGGAGCUCGUAUAGGUACCAUACACAGUGGAGGAAUUACUUGAUUCUUUUCAGAUUUGUCCUCCAUUUGGAAUAGCAGUAACGAUGGUUUUCACCGUGUGAAACAAUGGAAUCAUGGUUUUCAUUUGUUGUGAGUAUUUAACACACAAAUGCCAUUACGACUAAUGGUGGGAAAAUCCUAUAAAAUUUAAUAGCCAUCAUAGGAAAAGUGUUGGCAGAAAGUCCCCAAAUGGAAAUUGUACAACAAGAUAAUCACAGCUAGCUUCUCAUCAUAUUUGAUACCUGCUUUGUGUAAUCAUUUGUCUCCAUUAUGACUCAUGACUUAAAGCUAAAUUAAAUAGAAUCAAGGACAAUUAUAAAUUUGAACACACUUGUUCACUGUUGUCUCAUUGUGAAUUGCUACUUUAUUUUGACUUUGCUCCUAACUUCUAUAACCAGCUCAUCAGAAGUCAACAAGAGAUUCCUAGUAAGACCAGGUUUUUAUGCAUCACAGAUUAGCAAAAGACAGAAUCUCAUUAGUCCAGUUUUUUUUUUUUUAAGCAUUUUUGUCUGUUACGAGUUAGGGUCAGGCGUCUAAUGUAUUCUUGGAUGAUCAGUUUAUUUGGCAUAAUGAGAGCUUAAUAGAUUCUUCAUAAAUCGCAU